AUGGCGCUCAGUGCCCGCCUCGCCUCUUCCCUCCAUCCUGCCCUGGCAGCUCUGCACCGGGCAGCCCCCAGACAGCACCGAAGGCUCAGCACUGCCCUGGGACCAGGGCACACGCUUGACCUCAGGGGUAUCUUCCCACCUCUUGCCACCCCCUUCUCGCCCACACAGGAGGUGGACUAUGCCCAGCUGGAGGGGAACCUGCGCCACUAUGCCAGCAUCCCCUUCCGAGGUCUGGUGGUGCUGGGCUCCAACGGGGAGUACCCCUACCUGGCACCUCGCGAGCGGCUGGAGGUGGUGAGCUGUGUGCGCCGGGCUCUGCCCAGGGACCGCCUGCUGCUGGCUGGCUCUGGCUGUGAAUCCACCCAGGCCACCAUCGAGCUUACAGCCAGCAUGGCAGAGGCAGGGGGCGAGCUGGUCGUUACACCCUGCUACUACCGGGGGUCCAUGACCAGCACUGCCCUGGUCCAGCACUACACAAAGGUCGCCGAUGCAUCCCCCAUUCCCGUGGUGCUCUACAGCGUCCCCGCCAACACUGGCCUGGACCUGCCCCUGGAAGCUGUCCUCACCCUGGCUCAGCACCCCAACAUUGUCGGGAUCAAGGACAGCGGUGGGGACAUCACCCGCAUGGGGCUGAUGGUCCACAAGACACAGCAGGAGGAUUUUCAGGUGCUGGCAGGAUCGGCUGGCUUCCUGCGGGCGAGCUCCGCCCUGGGUAGGUGCUGCUGCCCCUGCUCAGCCAGAGGGCUGCUGGGAGCCCCGCUGUGCCUGCUGGACCAUCUGUGUCGCGAGGGCCGCUGGCAGGAGGCCCGUGACCUGCAGUACCGGCUUAUCGAACCCAACACGGCAGUGAGCAGGCAGCACCCCCAGGAUGCGGAGGGGUGGGUCCUGCUCCACAAGCAGCCCCCACCCAGCCCCUGCUCCCACAAAAAGGACACGGUCCCAGUGUUUGGCAACAUGGUUUACUCAGCUGAGGCCUGCGCAGGCAACAGCACAAGGCGGGGUCAUGGCAAGGCACGGGACCGGUGUGGGCAGAGACCAGCAGGGAGGGCAUGGCGCCUGCAGCUCACCACCGGGCUGCGAGGGCUGCUGGGACCCUCGCACCACAGCCAGCCAGACCGCACCGGCAUGAAGGUGCGCAUGCAGAGGGGGAGAUGA